AUGUCUGAUACUGAGAAUCCGGUUCCUGCGGAAUCUGUAGCCGACGUUCAAGAAUCUGUUGAUGCCCAACAUCCAGUUGCUGAAAACAUUCAAAAGGAAGAAAAUAUUGACAAUUAUGAAGCUGAACUUUUAGCUGAAGAGGAUUCAGCGGUAUCUGCAGAUGAGUCUGCAGAUGAGUCUGCCGAGACUGGGGGACAGGAUGCUGAACCUGAAUCCCACAAUGAAGAUGAUGCAGAGAUAGCUGAAGAAGAACAAGGUCAACAAGAGGAGAGGGAGGAGCAAGAGGAGCAAGAGGAGCAAGAGGAGCAAGAGGAGCAAGAGGAGCAAGAGGAGCAAGAGGAGCAGGAAAAUUCUGUCCCAGAAAGAGUACAACAUUCUAUCUACGAUGAUCCGGUUCCUGAACCUAAACAAGAACCAGCUUCCUCAGCUUUCGAUCUGAAUAAAUUAUCCGAAAUGAAUGUGGAUUACGACUUGUUGCAGAAACAAGUAAAGACUAUUAUGGACAGUAACAUGCUGAACUUGGAAAAAUUCAAAGGAUUAUCUAAAAAUGAUAAAAUAUCCGCAAUUUUAAACUUACUAAACUCAAAAAGUGAAACCGCCUUUAUGCAAGGUCAUCAAGAACCAGUUUCGAACAUUCAAGAACCACCGAAAUCAGACGCAGAAAAACGUAGACUGUUCCCAAGACCAGAUUUAUCUUAUCCAAUGACACAUGAAGAAAGAGAAAGAUACACUACGUACUUACGUGGUGAAAAUAGAAUUGCUGAAAUGCAAAAUCUACCCCCAAAAUCAAGAUUAUUUAUUGGUAAUCUACCACUAAAAAAUGUCUCCAAAGAAGAUCUAUACAGACUUUUUUCACCAUUUGGUCCCAUUCUACAAAUUAAUAUUAAGAAUGCAUUUGGAUUCAUUCAAUACAAUAAUCCAUUAUCUGUUACAGAUGCUAUUGAAUGUGAAUCUCAGCAAAUUAACUUCGGUAAAAAAUUAAUUUUAGAAGUUUCAAGUUCAAACAGUAGACCACAAUAUGAUCACGGUGACCAUGGUACAAAUAGUAGUUCGACUUUCAUAUCAACUUCUAAGCGUCCAUUCCAAGAAGAAAACGAAACUGCUAACGUAUAUGCAGAAUCAGGAUAUAAUGGCAAGAAAUCGAAGAGAAGAGUCCCGAAUUGUAUUAUUUAUGUUAAGAGAACAGCUGAUAGAUCAUAUGCAACUGAGGUAUUCAAUCAGUUCAAAAAUGGUACCGGUUUGGAAACAGAUAUGAUAUUUUUAAAGCCACGUAUGGAAUUACGAAAAUUCGUUAACGAUGCGGCUCAUGACGGUGUAUGGGGUGUCGUUAUGAUCAAUAAAACUAGAAACGUUGAUGUUCAAACAUUCUACACUGGUUCACAAGGUGAGACAAAGUUUGACGAAUACGUUAGCAUUUCUAGUGAAGAUGCUGUCGGAAUUUUCAAUAAUAUGAGGAAAAAUAAGCAAUCAAGAGGAUUUGACAAUGUACACCCUGUACAAAGCAAUCAAUAUCAACAAUAUCCAAACCAAGGCUAUAAUGCACAACCUCAACAAUUACCAUACGGUCAAUCAUAUAUUAUGCCCCCACAGAACCAAGGUUAUAACAACCAACAGUAUGACCAAAACUACGGCAUGAUGAAUCAACAACGCUAUAGUAACCCUCCACCUGCCCCAAUUCAGCAGACUUAUGGCCAAUAUCAAAAUGCACCAAUGCCACUACAACAACAACCUCAUCCAAUGGGAUAUAACCCGGAUGGAACUCAGAUGAAUCAACAGCCUCAAAUAUCUGCACUAUUGGGUGGCAAUCCAAGCAAAAUGGAUCAAAGUCAGUUAUUAGCUGCAAUUCAAAAUUUGCCACCAAAUGUUGUUACUAACUUGCUGUCAAUGACUCAACAAGAUCAACAACAGGCCAGACCACAACAUGAUCAGCAGCAAUUAUUAGGUAUGUUGCAAAUGAUGCAAAAUCCAAACGCUCAGCCUCCAAGUCAACAACAAAAUUAUGUAGGUAAUGACUCCAAUCAAGCUUAUCAAAAGAUUCCUAUGACAAUGUCACCACCACAACAACUUUCUCCUGCUAACCCACCAGCAGCUAUGAAUCAAGCUAUGUAUCCUCCACAAACAAAUAUACCACCACCACAACAACAAUCACAACAGCCGCCACAGGAAAAGAAAGACCAACCAGUUACUAAUAAUGUCCAAAGUUUGUUAAAUAGUUUGGCUAAACUGCAGAAAUAA